CUGUUUUUAACAUAUAUUUGUAAAGAUCCAAAAAUAAAUGAAGCUACGCAAGAACCAGUUAACUGUACAAACUACACAGCUCAUGCUCCUUGUUUCCCAGCACCCAAUAUAACAUGUAAGGAUCUCGGUGGCAAUGAAACACAUUUUACCGGACAAGAAGUUGGUUUUUUCAAGCCCAUACCUUGCCGAAAUGUAAACGGCUACUCAUACAAAGUGGCGGUGGCGCUGUCUCUUUUUCUCGGAUGGCUGGGAGCAGAUCGAUUUUACCUCGGGUACCCCGCCUUGGGUUUGUUGAAGUUUUGCACUGUGGGAUUUUGUGGAAUUGGGAGCCUAAUUGAUUUUAUUCUUAUUUCAAUGCAGAUCGUGGGGCCGUCAGAUGGAAGCAGUUACAUCAUAGACUAUUACGGAACCAGACUGAUCAGACUGAGCAUCACCAACGAGACCUUCCGGAAAACGCAGCUGUACCCAUGAGGACUUAUGGAGAGGACAGUGAGUGGCGUGUGUCCCCUCCUGAUUGCCGUCCGACACCGCAGGUAGCCCCUUUAAUGACCUGCCUGGUCAGGGGCUGUGGGCUCAGGAUGGAGGUGCCGCUCGGACUUGCGGCCGCCUCUUCCUCGUGCGCUCGCGGAGCUCAGCGUCUGUCUGUGCAGCGCACCAUGUUUGUGCGGCCCGGGCAGGGGCUUCUGCCGAUCGCACUGCACCGCGCAGUGCUGUGGUUUUGUGUUCUGUGGCACAGCACGGUCCUGCACGGAAGAACUUCCCAAAUAAAAGCAAAGUCAUCAGGCUGGAGUUGCCUUUGGC